GUAAGCACACUCAAACAUUCCAACAACUGUUUUACUCACUUUUGAACUUGGCUGGACAUUAUGCAGUAAAAUAAGGGAAGCAUAUGAAAAGGUUUCUCUCUCGCACAGACGUACGUUUGGGACAAGCAUCUUUCAUAAAAUUGUCAUCAGUCAUGGAGGGUCUCGCUCGAGCUAACAGUCUCUUCGCUCUGGAUCUCUAUCGGGCUCUGAGCGCGAGCAACUCUGAGGGAAACAUGUUCUUUUCUCCUCUGAGCAUCAGCGCAGCGCUCAGUAUGGUCUACUUGGGAGCCCGAGGAGGCACAGCGGAGGAAAUGGCAAAGGUUUUGUCCUUCAGUUCUGUCUCUGAUGUUCACUCUCAUUUUGAGAGCCUCACCUCAUCAAUAAACAAUCCAUCAGCCUCCUACAUCCUCAGACUGGCCAACCGCCUCUACGGAGAGAAAACCUUCAGCUUCUUACCUGAGUAUUUGGACUCCACCCUGAAGCUGUACCACGCUGACCUUCAGGCGGUGGACUUCGUUGGAGCAUCUGAUAAGUCAAGACAGCUCAUUAACCAAUGGGUGGAAGAGCAGACUGAGAAUAAAAUUCAAGAUCUUCUCAAGCCAGGAAUGGUGACUGCAAUGACCCGACUAGCUCUGGUUAAUGCCAUCUACUUCAAAGGGAACUGGCUGCAGAGAUUUAAUGCUCAAGACACUAAAGAAAUGCCAUUUAAAAUAAACCAGAAUGAGAGCCGACCAGUGCAAAUGAUGUACCAGAAGAAAAAGUUCCCCUUCAACUAUGUCUAUGAGCACCGCUUACAAGUGCUGGAGUUGCCAUACGUAAAGGAGGAGCUCAGCAUGUUGAUCCUUCUUCCUGAGGAAACUCAGGAUGGCUCUGACCCUCUUCUGAAGCUGGAGAGUGAGUUGACCAUUGACAAGCUUCAUGAAUGGACCAACAGAAACAAUAUGGACACCCAGACAGAGAUCAUAGUCCAUUUUCCAAAGUUCAAACUAGAGGUUGAGAGCUCCUUAGCAGAAACAUUGAUGGGAAUGGGGAUGACCUCUGUGUUCCAGGAGGGAAAGGCUGAUCUAACAGGCAUGAGCAGUCAGGGUGGCCUCUUCAUUUCAGCAGUGGCCCACAAGGCGUUUGUCGAUGUAAAUGAAGAAGGCACAGAGGCGGCAGCAGCUACAGCGGUCAUUGUGGCCUUCUGUAUGUUACGAGAAGAGCAUUUCAUGGCAGAUCACCCCUUCUUAUUCUACAUCAGGCACAACCCCACCAACAGCAUCCUCUUCUUUGGCAGAUUCAGAGGCCCAUCAGUGUCAUCAGUCAUGGAGGGUCUCGCUCGAGCUAACAGUCUCUUCGCUCUGGAUCUCUAUCGGGCUCUGAGCGCGAGCAACUCUGAGGGAAACAUGUUCUUUUCCCCGCUGAGCAUCAGCGCAGCGCUCAGUAUGGUCUACUUGGGAGCCCGAGGAGACACAGCUGAAGAAAUGGCAAAGGUUUUGUCCUUCAGUUCUGUCUCUGAUGUUCACACUCAUUUUGAGACCCUCACCUCGUCAAUCAACAGUCCAUCAGAAUUCUACAUCCUCAGACUGGCCAACCGCCUCUACGGAGAGAAAACCUUCAGCUUCUUACCUGAGUAUUUGGAUUCCACCCUGAAGCUCUACCACGCUGACCUUCAGGCUGUGGACUUCAUUGGAGCAUCUGAGGACUCACGACAGCUCAUUAACAAAUGGGUGGAGGAGCAGACUGAAAACAAAAUCCAAAAUCUUCUCAAGCCAGGAAUGGUGGCUGGAAUGACCCGUCUAGUUCUGGUUAAUGCCAUCUACUUCAAAGGGAAUUGGAUGGAGCCAUUUAAAGCAAGAGACACUAAAGAAAUGCCAUUUAAAGUAAACCAGAAUGAGAGCCGGCCUGUGGAAAUGAUGUAUCAGAAGGAAAAGUUCCCCUUCAGAUGCAUCCCAGAGUAUAAACUGCAGGUGCUGGAGUUACCAUAUGAAGAGGAGGAGCUCAGCAUGUUGAUCCUUCUUCCAAACGAAACUCAGGAUGGCUCUGAUCCUCUUCUGAAGCUGGAGAGUGAGUUGACCCUUGACAAGCUACUUGACUGGACCAAUACAGAUGAAAUGACCACAUGGAUGAAUAUCAGAGUCCAUUUCCCAAAGUUCAAACUUGAGGUUGAGUGCUCCCUAUCAAAAAUACUGCAAGAGAUGGGUAUGAGCUCUGUGUUCCAGGAAACAAAGGCUGAUCUGACAGGCAUGAGCAGUCAGGACGGCCUCUUCAUUUCAGCUGUGGUUCACAAGGCCUUUGUUGAAGUGAAUGAGGAAGGCACUGAGGCUGCUGCAGCCACUAAAAUCGUUAUGUGUGGAUGUGCCCGUCAGCGAGAAACCCCGAGUUUCAUAGCUGAUCACCCCUUCAUGUUUUUCAUCAGGCACAACCACACUAACAGCAUUCUUUUCCUGGUUUCAGCUUUGCAACCAUACUCCCCCCGGAACCCAAAGACUCUUGGUUUCCCGGCACGCUGCUCGGAGGGUCAUGGGAAUAACGCCGCCGGAUCGCGGGUUGGCAUAGUUUACGGUCGGAACUACGACGCAGUGUCAUCGGUCAUGGAGGGUCUCGCUCGAGCUAACAGUCUCUUCGCUCUGGAUCUCUAUCGGGCUCUGAGCGCGAGCAACUCUGAGGGAAACAUGUUCUUUUCCCCGCUGAGCAUCAGCGCAGCGCUCAGUAUGGUCUACUUGGGAGCCCGAGGAGACACAGCUGAAGAAAUGGCAAAGGUUUUGUCCUUCAGUUCUGUCUCUGAUGUUCACACUCAUUUUGAGACCCUCACCUCAACUAUCAACAGACCAUCAGCCUCCUACAUCCUCAAACUAGCCAACCUCCUCUACGGAGAGAAAACCUUCAGCUUCUUACCUGAGUAUUUGGACUCAACCCUGAAGCUGUACCACGCUGACCUUCAGGCUGUGGACUUCAUUGGAGCAUCUGAGGACUCACGACAGCUCAUUAACAAAUGGGUGGAGGAGCAGACUGAAAAUAAAAUCAAAGAUCUUCUCAAGCCAGGAACUGUGACUGCAAUGACCCGUCUAGUUCUAGUUAAUGCCAUCUACUUCAAAGGGAACUGGGUGCACAUAUUUAAAGCAAGAGACACUAAAGAAAUGCCAUUUAAAAUAAACCAGAAUGAGAGCCGGCCUGUGGAAAUGAUGUAUCAGAAGAAAAUGUUCCUCUUCAGAUACAUCCCAGAGUAUGAACUGCAGGUGCUGGAGUUACCAUAUAAACAGGAGGUCAGCAUGUUGAUCCUUCUUCCAAAUGAAACUCAGGAUGGCUCUGAUCCUCUUCUGAAGCUGGAGAGUGAGUUGACCCAUGACAAGCUGCUUGACUGGACCAAAAGAGAAAUGACCAGACGGAUGGAUAUCAGAGUCCAUUUGCCAAAGUUCAAGCUGGAGGUUGAGUGCUCCCUAUCAAAAAUACUGCAAGAGAUGGGUAUGAGCUCUGUGUUCCAGGGAACAAAGGCUGAUCUGACUGGCAUGAGCAGUCAGGACGGCCUCUUCAUUUCAGCUGUGGUUCACAAGGCCUUUGUUGAAGUGAAUGAGGAAGGCACUGAGGCUGCAGCAGCCACUGGAUUCAUUUUGGGUUCCUGUGCCUCUAAACAAGAUCCCCAGAAUUUCAUAGCUGAUCACCCCUUCAUUUUCUUUAUCAGGCACAACCCAACUAACAGCAUCCUCUUCCUUGGCAGAUUCAGAGGCCCAUUCUAGAAACAUGGUGUUUUUUUUUUUUCUGUUACACCCUAAUGAAGAAAUGCGUUUCUCUGAAUGUUUUAUCAAAAUAAAUAAAUUAUACCAAAUGCA